AUGUCCGAGCAAUUUAAACCUGGCCAUGAGGUCCCCGUGACCGAUCAGAGCUUCCCAGGCAAGGAGGGCGACAUGCCUCACCCGACACCCAAGUUCGACAAGAUCCCUACAGCCGACGGCGGCGAGAAACUUUACCAGGCAGCUGGGAAACUCAAAGACAAGAAGGCUAUCAUCACCGGUGGUGACUCCGGCAUUGGCCGCGCUUCUGCGAUCCUCUUUGCCAUGGAGGGUGCUGACACGCUGAUCGCCUAUCUGCCCAACGAAGAGGACGAUGCCCAAGAAACCAAGAAGCGCGUCGAGGACUACGGCCGCAAGUGCCAUCUGCUGGCUACCGACGUCACCGACAAGGCCAACUGCAAGAAGAUCGUCGAUGAAGCACUGGAGAAGCUCGGAGGCAUUGAUAUUCUCUUCAACAACGCCGCCUACCAGAUGAUGGUAGAGAACAUCAAGGACCUGUCCGAGGACCAGUGGCUGCAUACCUUCAACACCAAUAUCCACCCGUUCUUUUUCCUGUCCAAGUAUGCCCUGCCCCACAUGAAGCCGGGCGCGACCAUUAUCAACAAUGCGAGCAUCAACGCCUACAUUGGACGACCGGACCUGCUUGACUACACGUCAACCAAGGGCGCCAUCGUGUCGUUUACUCGAGGCUUGAGCAACCAGUAUGUCGACAAGGGCAUCCGCGUGAAUGCUGUCGCACCAGGCCCCGUGUGGACGCCGCUCAUCCCAGCGACAAUGAAUGAGGAAGCGCAGAAGAACUUCACAAGCCCCAUGGGACGUCCGGCACAGCCAUCAGAGAUCGCAACGUGCGUCGUGUUCCUGGCUUCGACGGAUAGCUCUGCUCUAAGCGGGCAGGUUAUUCACUGCAACGGCGGCGUCAUCGUCAACGGAUAA